AUGUCCAGCGCGGUGUCACGUCGCGCAAACAAGCGAUCGAUCUCUUCGACCAUAGUCAACUUCUUCAAGAAGGAAAACUCGCCUGAAUUUCGCGAAUCUAGUCCUAUCGAUGGGCCUGAUUCGACUACUGCCGGUUUUAAAGAAGGAAGAACCCCAGAACCCCCGGUCCCAGACUUGAUUUUGUACGAAACAGACUACAAUACUAGACCUCCGUUGCUGCCUAUCCUCCCUGUCCAGAGACUAAAAAUCCUGCGCCACAAGCAAUACUUACGCCGUCUCAAUGACAACCGCCUACUAGAGACAUUUACGGCCCCCGCUUCCAACGAAAUGUCCGGGGACUUUGACAGCAGCCACCUCGUCACACUGCGUUCACUCAAAAGACGCGCUAACGGAAGGCCGACGUCUAAGAAAGUCCCACCGAAAUCUGUUUUAGGGAAGCGGUGGUGUGGGGACCUUCAAUAUGAUGUUGCCGAGUACGAUGUUGCCAAAAAACCGAAGAUUUCCAAACCAAGUGCUGGCACGGACCCAACUGCUGCACUGGAAUCGCCACGUCUCUCCUCCGCGGUCCUCAAGAAAAGCACCUUGGAGCAAAACAGUUCUUCCUCUGAUGGAUUGACUAACACAGAAGCCAAACUUUUGAACGGCAACGCCCUCACGGACCUUGCGUCGAGCAAAAUCACCAAAAAAAUUAAAAAGGGCUUUACGGUUGAUGAUCAAGAUGACAAGCCUAAAAAAUUACUAGCUUUGCCAAGUUCAGGUUUUGACUUCUUGAAGAGCAAUGCUGAGAGCAGUAAAAACCAAGAUUCUGAACGUCCUGCUGAAGCCGGUAAUUUUGGAAAGAAGCUCCUUCCUAGUAGCGCUGAGGCAACUGACAGCCCAGCCCUUGCGAAAGUGCCGUCAUUAUUUGACAAAGGAAAAUCAUUGGAGGGCGCUAGUCAAAACGCGGCUAAAGCUGAAAAACCUGAGACCCCCAAACCAUCCUUUUCGAUCGGCAAAGCUGAUGGCACUAGCAAACCAUCAUUUUCUUUUGGUAAAACUGAUGACACGCUAAAGGAGGGCAAACCUCUAUUUUCUUUCAAGAGGCCAACGACCUCUGAUCAGGAUGAGAACCCCGCUGCAAGCUCACACGCAACAAAGUCACAAAAGCCAAGUUUUUCGUUCAGCCAGAGUGUUGGAGCUUCAGGUGCAUCCCAGGCGGCACCCAAACCUGCGAAGCCCGCCUUUUCAUUCGGAAAGCCGGCUGAAAGUCAGCCACAGUCUAUGGAAACCCAAACUGAAAAUGCUACUGGGGCGGCGGAUGCCCAAGUUUCUUUCAAUAAUAAGCCAAAGUCAAAUGCAGGAUUCACGUUUGGGUCCGUAACUACAAAUGCUGCAAACUCUGGUCUUGCUUCGUCUGAGAAUGACCCACAGCAGAGUGGUGAGAAACAAACCGAGGGCGCAAGGAACGUUCCCUCGUUUUCAUUUGGGAAAGCUGGAAAGCCUGCGGCUGAAGUACAAGCUCAAAGCUCCUCCUUCAAGUUCAAUACAACAGAACCAGCAAGCUCUGGAACUGAGAAAAAAGCUGCCCCCGCUUUUUCGUUCAGCAAUCCAGCCACUGAGGCAAAAGCCGCGACACCUGUUUUUUCAUUUGGUACUUCCAAAACUUCCAAUGAGCCCAACACAAAUGUAGGAAAGGCCAAGUCUCCAUCGCUGACUCCUUCUGACUCUGCGUCAAUUGGUUCAAAGCGAUCAUUCACUUUCGGCGUUACCCCAGAUCAGCCUUCUAGCCAAACUGCUAACGCUCCCCUGUCUACGCAGUCUAACUCUAAGACACCCGCCGCACCAAGCAAGCCUUUCACAUUCGGAGCGACCUCGGAAAAAAAAGAUUCUACUCCUCCAGCAUUUUCAUUCAACACGGCUGGUCAACCUGAUGGCCAAUCCGCAGCUUCCGCAGCUUCUUCAACUGGGUCUGGGUUCAAGUUCGACACCAGUGGACUCAAAGUUAACGAACCCAGAGAUGCCAAGUCAUCAUUCACUUUUGGAUCCAAUAGUGCCGCUCCAAAGCCCGCAUUUAACUUGGGAUCCUCUACGCACUCAUUCAAUGCCCCCCAACCUCAGCAACCAAACUCGGCGUUUACGUUCAACAACCCAUCUUCUGCUCAACAACCACUUCAACAGCCUCAGCCCAACGGCAUAGGCUUUCCCUCAGCUUCAACAACAAGCAAUAAUUCACCUGCAUUUGGAAACACUACCAACCAACAACUUGCAUUUAACUUUGGCACUGGAAAUGCUACAGCGUCAUCAACACCACCCCCUUUCGGAUCCGCAUCAGCACCUGCCUUUACACCUAAUCCACAAAGCAGGCCUUUUAGCCCAUCACACACUGUAAAUCUGAAUUUUGGGGGUGUUGGAUCUCAACCUCCUAGUACUAUCUUUGGCGGAGCUGCUAACCAAAAUCCAGCACAAGUAUUUGGAGCACAGCCAAACGGUAGUCAUCCAUUUCCAGGAAUGUCUCAAGCACCAUCUCAAAUAUUCGGAGGUUCCAGCACCAGUUCUAUACCUCAACCACAAAAUCAACAGACGCCUAUGUUGAAUUUACCCCCUGGCAGGAAACUCGCAAGAAUGAGAGCAAGGAGGACUUAA